UUUUUCCCCGUAUUAUAGACUUUUUUUUUCUUAUUACCGUUGUCUCUUUAUAGAGUCAAUUUCUUUUCUAUUUUACAUGUAUGUAUGUCAUUAAUAGUGGUAAAUUUAGUCAAUCAAGGGUCACCUAUUCAAUACUUCUUUCUUCCUGCCUUCAUAGCUUUCUGUUCCAAUCUUAGACUUUACCGCAAAACAAACAAGUUCAAACAGCAAGAGGCGAAAAAAAAUUUUCUUUCCCUCCCACAACUGCCGAUCCUCCAACCGAGCCAAGUGCUUUCCCUGGUUUUUCCCACAACCCAAAGAAGUUUUGCACCCCCCACCCAACCGGCCGUCAACUCGGAGCUACACCGGCUACGCUUAAUCGUUCUAGCGAGUAGCUACUACUAGCUAGUAGCUACUGUACCUUGAACCUCCACUCGGCCCGGUGGAG